AUGGCGAUGCGCAUUGCAGGGCACCACAAAUCCCCUGUACCGGAUUUCUCCAGAAUUAACGGACGACGGUACCCCUGCGGCAGGCAGCCCGUAAGAUCCUGGGGGUUACUUUGGACGCCCUCACCAAUUUCGAGGAGGAUUUCCGGCGCCGCAAGGCCAGAAUUCAACAGAUCAUCUUUUGCCGCAAUUCUCUGUGUGGAAGACGACACCCCACACGGGUGCGGUCUUACGCAUGGACGGCAGGACAGAUUCUCUUGUGUGGUUGUGAGGUCCGCACACUUUCCCACGCACACACCUUCACUGUUGUCACAGUUGUUGCAAGGCUGGACCUCAGUCAUAAAGGCGGUUGCGGGACUACCCAGGAAUGCGGGAACUGCCGACACCCACCUGGACAGCGUCUUCUCCACACUGAAGGUCUGCGUGCAAGUAAGAAUCCUGAGGGCCGCAGCAAAUCGGACCUCUUUGCCAGAGGCAUCGGUGGACCCAAUAUUACGAGCCUCUAUCCUCUGCAACUUUGUGCCGGACCUUCGCCUGCUGGUGUGUCGGCUUUCCUCCUACAUGUACGAAUUGACCGCGUCACUUUUUACCUCUUGGCCGUACGAACGACAUCGACGGAUGCGGCGGAGCCGUUUAGACUCAUUACGGCACGAACCGCCCACUGUCACAUGCUGUUUUCUGAUCACAACACCGUCAUUGAAGGAUGGCCGGAUGGCGGUGUCUCGGAGGAGAGGAAAGGAGGUUUGGUUUCCUCUUCCGCAGCGGUGUACAGUUCAUAAAUGCUCCUUAACUUGUGCUUGUUCGUCACACGCCCACGUCAAAGGAUGCAUGAUCCUACUCUGCGGAGAUUGA